AAAGCUAGACGGAUAUGUCCUCACUUUUUGAAUUAAACCCAACUCAAAUCACACACAUUCAACAUAUAUAUAUACUAGUUGCUUCUCUUUUACAAACAAUUAAGUUAGAAGAACAUAGAGGAAUACUAAUCUUAAUAGAAAAAGGAAGAUGGUGUCAAGAGGGAGGUUAAGAAGAAUAAUAAGGCAAAGUAAGCCAUAUUUAGCGGUCAUCUUCUUGCAGUUUGGAUACGCGGGUUUAGCCAUAAUUGCUAAGACCGCUCUGAACAGCGGCAUGAGCCAUUUCACUUUUGCCGUUUACCGGAAUGCCACUGCCGCCGUCUUCUUUGCCCCUUUCGCCUUUUUCCUCGAAAGGAAAAUAAGGCCAAAGAUGACAAUUUCCGUGUUCUUCAAGAUAAUGCUGCUUGGAUUGUUGGAGCCGGUGAUCGACCAAAACUUGUACUACACAGGGAUGAAAUACACAACAGCAACAUUUACCACCGCAUUGUGCAAUGUUUUACCUGCCAUCACAUUCAUACUUGCUUGGAUCUUCAGGCUUGAGAAGGUGAACAUCAGGAAAUUAAAAAGCCAGGCAAAGAUAUUGGGAACAGCAGUAACGAUGGGCGGUGCGAUGAUAAUGACAUUUAUUAAUGGGCCCGUUAUAGGAUUGCCUUGGACAGAAGAGGCCCAGGCCUCAAGCGCUGUUUCUGUUCAUGCACAACAGAGUUCCAUUAUGGGGGCUGCAAUGAUCACUGCGGGCUGCUUCUGUUGGGCUUGCUUUUUCACCCUUCAGGCGGUGACGUUGAAAUCAUAUCCGGCUGGGCUCUCCCUUACUUGCCUAAUAUGCGGGAUGGGGGCAGUACAAGGAACUAUACUGACUCUAGUGGUUGAGAGGGGAAACACUGCACCUUGGGCCAUCCACUGGGACACCAAGCUCUUGGCAUACAUUUACAGUGGAAUUGUAUGCUCAGGAGUUGCUUAUUACAUAUCAGGAGCAAUCAUGAAGGAACAAGGACCUGUUUUUGUCACUGCUUUUAAUCCUUUGAGCAUGGUCAUUGUUGCGGUUUUGGGCUCGUUUAUAUUGGCAGAGCAAUUGGACUUUGGAAGAGUUUUGGGGGCAUGUGUGAUUGUGGUUGGAUUGUACCUGGUGAUUUGGGGGAAGAACAAUGAUGGUCAAGAUCAGUCAAGCGGGGAUCUAACGCCUCCAAUUGAUCAUCAGCCACUGCCCGUGCCCGUAAACCAUCUGGAACAUCAAUUAGAAAUCGCUACAGAAGUGCCUUCAGAGACGGUAUGAUUUGGUACAGAUUAGAGGAAGAAGACAAUUUUUCGAAAUCACUACUGGUUAUUACCCCUAUGUUAGCUAGUGAAUAUGUGACUUUAUGAAGGGUAAAAUGGUAAAUUUCCCCAUGAUGUAGCCAACCUGUAAUGUCCCCUAAGAUCACUAGAGAAGAAAUGGAUAUUACAUAAGUUGUUCACUCAUUUAUAUAUAAACGACGG